AGAAGUUGGGCUGUGAUGUGGUGGAAGUCGACAAGGGCAGGUGAAAGCGAGCCUCGUCUUGAUCUUGAUGACCUCGUGGCAGACUGAACGUUCUGAGCGAUAACCGCCCGCAUCAGGCAGGAUCUGCUCUUCACACUCGUGUACUUGCCUUCUCAUUCCGUAAGCUCUUGUGCAGGGACUCAUCAUUGUCUGCACUCCUCUAUCCUUUGAGCCGCUGAAAACGAUGCACCCUAUUCCCGAGGAGGAGUCGAAGGAUGGCCAUCCUCUCUGGCUCGUACUGGAUGAAGUCAUGGACCCUCAGAAUCUUGGAGCCCUGCUCCGCUCUGCUUACUUCCUAGGAGCCGAUGGCGUCAUCGUAUGCAGCAAGAACUCAGCUGGGCUGACCCCCUCCGUUAGCAAGGCCAGCGCAGGAGCCAUGGAGCUCUAUCAGGUCUACUCUGUGAGCAACCUGAUGCAGUUUUUGAACUGGUCCAAGGAGCUGGGCUGGCAGGUGAUCGGGUCAGCAUUGGGGGAGAACAGCGUGCCCGUCUCGAGCACAAAGCUGACAAAGCCGACUCUCCUGGUGAUGGGCAACGAAGGGCGAGGGCUGCGGACAAAUGUGCUCCGAGAGUGCGACGUGCUCGUGCAGGUACAGGCGAUCGUUGCCAGUGACUUGAAGGAUUUAGGAGACGACGUGCUCGACUCGCUCAACGUCUCCGUGGCAGGCGGGAUCCUCAUCCACCACUUCCUGUGCGCGAAGUAG